AUGCCAGAUUCUAAAAGUAACUUGGUGUCUUCAUAUAAGGAUGUUAAAAAUGAUACGUCAGACUUGAAUGAAAUUAAAAUUUCGGAUGAAAAAGGAUCUGUUGCAAAAAGGACAGUGACUCUGAUUGAGAAGGAUGGCUAUCCCGACUCCGUAUACAUGAAUGCAGCUAAGAUUUUUCAAGGCAUUCGUACUGAAAAGAGUAAGGAUAGAAUGCUGGUGCGGUACGGCAAUAACUCAGAAUCUCCCGUGCUGGCAUUUCAAGAUGAGCAUUCCAGGCGUGUAUCUUACGAACUGGCUUUCAGUGCUCUAAAAUAUCAAGAUCUUCUUGAAGAAAUAUUGUUAGAUAGUGGUGUUUACCCAUGCCAGUCAAUACCAGAUGAGUUAACCAGCUUGCUUGUUGUGAUGCUUUAUGACCUGCAAGACCGAAAGUUUGAAGCACGAAAGAUUUUUGACCAAGAGAAACCUGUAGAAGAAGUUCAGGAAAUAGGGCAUUAUCUAUACAGUUGUAAGACCAAAUUGGCAGCUGCACUGGCACGAUGUCGCAUUAAAUACGAUGCUCUUUCAAUUGAACACUUUGUACCAGAAACCAUAUGGAAGCAGGAGCAAAGGGUUUCUGCUUUACCUUUCUGUGUUUGGAUAAACACAUUUAAAAUCAGCCUUGAAGAUGUUAUCAGCAAUUUGGAGACGAAGGGACUCACAAAGGUUGAAUCUGUGUCAGACUUUAACCAUUAUACGUAUGCCGUGGACCAACAUUGCCAUGAUGUAUUGGUUUUUCCUUCCUCUCUUAAAGAAGAAUUGCUUAAUUUAGAUCUUUUUGCAGAUUGUAAACUCUUACUGCAGGAUAAGUCUCGCAGCCUUGCUGUACACUCUGCACAGGCACUGUUGAAUCCAGGUGAUGACAUUAUAGUGGCUCACACAGGUUCCCAUCUGACCAUUGCCCAUAUGUCAGUGCUGACAAAUCAUGGCAUGUCCACAAUUUUUGUUUGUGGUGUGAAAUCUUCAGCAAAAGAAGAAGAACUAAGGAAUAUUUUCAGUCACAUGGGAUGUGAAAAUAUUCAGUUGUUACAUGAAGACUUUACUGAGCUUGAACCAACAGACCGAAGACUUCAAAAGGCAACAGUUAUUUUGCUGCUGCCACAAUGCUCUGGACUGGGUGUUGGCAAUCCAAUGGAGUUUAUUUUAAGUGAACACAGAGAUGCAGGAUUGCUACGAGACCUUUUCCAGGGAUUUGUGUCUGAGGAUAAACUCAGUAUUCUUGCUGAAAGGCAGCUUAAUGAGUUGAUUCAUGCACUGAAAUUUAACAAAGUACAAGCUAUUGUUUACUGCACUUGUUCAGUUUACCCUCAAGAAAACGAACUAGUAGUGAAAAAAGCACUGGAAUCUGGAGUGGAAGGAGAUAAAGUACAACCAUAUAGGCUUAUUCCUCCUGUUUUUUCUACUUGCUCCAAUUCAGAGGCUCCCACUGAAAUUUUUUUCAAAAUGGAGCCAUCAGAAAUUUCCAGUGGCUGUUUUGUAGCCGUUUUAGAAAGAGAGGUAAGCUAAGGAAGUUACCAUUUAAAAUCACUUUCACAGAAGAUGACUACUGAAAUUUUCCACAAAAGAAUAAAUGAAAUUGAACAUUUGAAAUAAAAUUCCUGGAGGCU